UCAAUUUGCCUCCCCUCCCACCAAAUGCUACGCCACUUGCUGAUCAUCAGUCCGGCGGGCACGGUGCUCUACGACCGCGAAUUUGUCAAGCUGAUUGCCCAGCCGCGUCUGACGGGCUCCCUCAUCACCGCCAUCCUCAAGGUCUGCAGCGACGUCACUGGCCUGCCUGCAAGCUACGUUGAAAUCGGCGCAGUCGCCGUCUCCAUCCGCACCGAUGCCGGCCGCACUGGCAUCAUCUGCGCGCUGUUCCACGACGUGCAGGACGGCAAGCAGCUCGGUCAGCUGGUCGCCACUGAGCUGCUGCGGCUCUUCCUCGACCGUUUCCGGCAGCACGUCUCGCCACCGCCAGUCAACCUCGGCAUCUUCCAGUCGUUCCACUCCAAGAUUCUGGAAGGCAUCCGGAGCUCAGUCCGACUGGUGGUCGAUGAAUUGCAAAGAUGCGUCCCUUCAAUCGAGCUGUGCUUCCUCGCAAGCAAUGGACGGAUAUCUCACUCUACCGUUGACAUUGAUGGGGUGGGAGUCAUGGCCAAUUUGUCUGCACUGCGUGAAUAUGCCGAGGAGCUAAUGGCUGCGCGAGGGGACACGUGCAACCGGAUUGUAUUGGAGCGAGUGGCGAAUCGAGUGGUCAUUCAUGCAAUAGGGCCGAUGCUGCUGGUGGUCGUCAUGCCCCGGAUAGUACCGCUUCUGGAAGUCCAGGGGCAAAUUACAGCUGCAGUUUCAUUAAUAGCACGAGUAUCCGAGCUGUCACAGCACAUGCAAGGCUCGACCCACACCAUUUUGAGUUUAUAGCGGGGCGCAGCUUUGUAUUCCGAUGCUUUUGUUGUUUGGUUGUCAUUUUAUUGCUUUUUCUUCAUUGAGCGUCUUCUAUUUUGUAUUUUGGGGUGCCCCAUUUCGCACGUGGGUUUUCACGUGCGUGGAUUCGCCCUCUUGGAG